CCAACGCAUGCGCUCCUUUAGUCUCACUAUCUCACUCUUUUCAACUCCGAAACAGUUCACUUUCCUCUACUUUUCUGUGCUUACCGUGAGCAGGGAGCCUGUAAGAUUCUUCAGUUCAGAUCAGAUUUCAGAUCCAUCCAAAUCCUUUCACUUUUCACUUUUAUGUGCAGGUAAUUAAUUGGUGAAAGAUCCAUAGGCAAACAAUCGUUGGACAUCCAGUGAAGAAUCAGAUAGAACAAUAUGCCUUGGUUGAGUUUGUCAGUUGACGUCUUUCGUAAAGUUGUGCACUUGAACUUGUAUUGCAGGGUUAUUCUGUAAAUUGUUCGUUCUGAUUUCACUGAACUCAACCCUCAAAUUGUUCAUCCUUUUGUUGAUUUUUCUUCAAGCUUUCAUGGGGUCGAAUCAGUUUUUCGUUGUGUGUCCCGAUAUCUAUAGAAUUAGUUGAAGGUAGAAAGCCAGACCUGUAUUUGUCUUCAAUCUCAAACCCCCUUUAAGUUUCUCUUCAAGUUUUGUUUGAUAUAAUCCUCACUGUAUCGGUCUCAUCGGUUGUCGAUCAUCGUAUCUAGCUUGGCCUCUAUUAUUCUUCUCUAUCAGCACCAGUACAAUCUUUUUCUUACCUUCUGCUCACAUAGAUUAAUCCAUUGUUGCUUUUCGCAUUCUGAACGUCGGGUAUCCAUUUAGUCUUCCCUCUGGAAUCUUCUGGAUUGAGUGGUUCCAUCAAGGUUCAAGUGUAGUUAUGGUGUGUCAAGGUGCAAGCCAGACGAAAUUUCGGGCUUUGAAACAUGAAAGUGGGAUGGCUGGAAGACCAACAAUUAUAGUUAGAGUUAUUGCUUGCUUUCAACCUUUGCAGGAUUGCCAGGCUGAGUACUUUCGACAGCUGCUUAAGCCUAUUACGUAAAUUGGUUCGAGAUUUCCCGUCAUUUACCAAGCCAGAAUUUGUAGUAUUUUUUUCCUUUUUGUUUGUAUGCUUGAAAGGACCCAGAAAGUAAUUGAACGUUGCUGAUCAAAGAACUAUCUAUCUCCUGUCAGGUGAUCCUUUUAGUUGGAUGGUCAAGGCGAACAACUCUUGCCCUUUUACACAGCAUUCUGCUCGGAAACUGCCUUAUCUGAAUCGUACAAGCAUGUUGCUGGAGCACGUGCAACAUGAAUGUUUUCCAUCAUCUACCAGCGAGGGGAUUUGGCCGGUAUCUGGACAUAUGGCAUUGCCAGCGUCUACAGUUUCUGGUAUUCGGAGUCUGAACGCUAAAGAAGCAAAUGAAAACCGUGGGUUGCUUCAAUACUUACCGCCACAUUUGCAGACCUUAUUUCCUCCUCCAAACUCGUACCUUCAUGAAAAGCAGUCACCAUUUUCUUUUGAAUUUGGUGGUGGGAUGGCUGUACCAAAUGCAAAUCCAGGGUCUUCUCAGAAGGGGUUCUUUAUUUUCGACCAGUCUGGGAAUGAAACAAGGCUAAUAUACAAUUCUGUUUGCCCUUCUAGCCAGUAUCCACCUAUGGCCAGUGCGAAGCUUGGGUGUGGUUAUGAUUCACAUAAACUGGGACAAACAACCAGCAUGGAUCAAAUUGGUCCAACCAAGUACUUCUUACGUGAAGAGACCGGUGAGAAUCAUAUAAUUGAAGAGAGUGAGAUGCAUGAAGACACAGAAGAAAUCAAUGCAUUGCUUUACUCUGAUGAUGAUGAUGAUGAUGAUGAUGAUGAUGAUUGCGGGGAGGAUGAUGAAGUAAAAAGCACGGGUCACUCUCCAUUCUGCCGUCAAGAGAAUUAUGGGAAGAACGAAGAUGUUGAAGAAGUAGCAGAGAAGAUGUAUAGUUCUGAAUCAGAUCCUCCAAACAAAAGACACAAAUUGCUUGAUGGUGGCUACGUGCAAUUAUCACCAGUGAAGACUGUCAUUAAUUCGUUACAACUCGAUAAGUCUCAUGAGUACGGGAACAAUACGGAGUCAAGCAACACUCUUGGCCAGAGCCAAGGAGAGGAAGGAAGUUGGAGUAAGGGUAAGAUGAAGUCGAAAACAGACAAGAUUUGCGAGACAGUUCGAGUUCUUGAGAGCUUAAUUCCUGGUGCUAAGGGCAAGGACCCGGUGUUGAUCAUUGACGAAGCUAUAGACUACUUGAAGUCUAUGAAGCUUAAAGCCGAAACUCUGGGAGUGAGUUUCCACUAAGCCACGAUGGUCCUUGGAUAACCAAUGUGUAGCUGUAGCAGGGUGGUAAACGUGGUAAGCCUCAGAAUUCUAAAUUGCUAUUUUCACCGCAUUUUUCGUAUUAUAUUUGCACCACUUCUCUAAUAGAGAUGUGAUCUACGUGUCGGUGGAUCCUACUUCUGUUGGAGAGCUGAUACAAAUGUUGAAAAAUGUGAUGAGAUUAGCAUUGCUCGAUGAAUUUGAAAUCACUAGAGGAGGGGUCCUUCUCUUAGUAUUUAGUAAGAUAAUGUGGGGCCUAAUAAAAAGUAAGAAUGAUUAUGUUUAAGCUUUAUUUAUGGGGUGGGAUUAAAGAUAAAAUAAGUCACCA